CAUCUCUUGGUUUUGGUGUUAGUCUUUGCUUACAGGUUAGACGCAACUUAGCAUCUUGAUAUUUCGCAGUCAUGAAGUAGCGACAAAUGUCGUUUUUGUUCACAGUCUAUGGUUAUAGUCAUGUCACGACUUUACUCGGUAACAUAGUAUUAAUUUGUGCGCUUGCGAUUGUGGUUAGCUAACAUGCUAAUGUCAACAGGCUAAGCUAACAGUGAGGUUCUUGUUUUGUUAGCACCUGUGAGUAAACAAUUGUUAAAAAAAAAUCUGAACCACAGUCAACCAGCACAAAACCACAAUGCGGAUCUUAAGGUUUCUGAGGAGCAGCGUGUCCAUAGGAAAAGACAUCGAUUAUUACUCCAAAUUCUCACCUUCCCCGCUGUCAAUGAAGCAAUUUCUGGAUUUUGGUUCAGAAAAUGCCUGUGAGAAAACAUCAUUUACCUUCCUCAGACAGGAGCUUCCUGUGAGGCUGGCAAACAUAAUGAAAGAGAUCAAUUUGCUGCCAGAUAAUUUGCUGAGAACUCCAUCAGUAGUGUUGGUCCAGAGCUGGUAUAUGCAAAGCCUCCAGGACAUUCUCGAGUUCAAAGACAAAAAUGCCAAUGAUGAGAAAGUGACAUACGACUUCACAGAUGGAAUAAUAAAAAUCCUAAAUCGACACAAUAACGUCAUCCCAACCAUAGCUCAGGGAGUUUUGGAGUACAAGGAGACCUAUGGAAUGGACCCAGUUGUCAGCCAAAAUGUUCAGUAUUUUCUGGAUCGAUUCUUUAUGAGCAGGAUAUCUAUCAGAAUGCUGCUCAACCAGCACAUUUUGCUGUUUGGUGGGAAGGUGAAGGUGAAUCCAGCACAUCCAAAACAGAUCGGCAGCAUUGAUCCACACUGUCGCGUCAGUGACGUCAUCAGGGAUGCUUAUGAAAAUGCAAGAAACCUUUGUGACCGGUAUUACAUGAACUCUCCUGAGCUGUUACUCGAGGAAUUCAAUGCGAAAGAGAAGGAUAAACCCAUCACUAUGGUCUAUGUUCCAUCCCAUUUGUAUCACAUGGUGUUUGAACUUUUUAAGAAUGCCAUGCGUGCCACUAUGGAGCUGUAUGGUGGUGCCAUGGAGUAUCCUCCUAUCCACACACGGCUCGCCCUGGGAAAUGAAGAUCUGACAGUUAAGGUGAGUGACUGUGGAGGAGGCGUGCCACUGCGUAAGAUUGACAGGCUGUUUACCUACACAUACUCCACAGCACCUCGGCCCAGCCUCAAUGCUCGUGCUGUACCUCUGGCAGGGUACGGCUACGGACUCCCCAUCUCACGGCUGUACGCUCGCUACUUUCAAGGUGACCUGAAGUUGUACUCACUGGAGGGCUAUGGAACUGAUGCUGUGAUCUACAUCCGGGCAUUGUCCACAGAGUCCAUCGAGAGGCUGCCUGUGUACAACAAGUCGGCAUGGAAACACUACAAAACCAUCCACGAGGCGGAUGACUGGUGCGUCCCCAGCAAAGAGCCCAAAGACAUGUCGACAUUUCGUAGUUUCUAGGUUUGGUUG